AUGGGCCUAGCGCGUGUCCGGGAGUUUUGGCAAAUUUGGCGCAAUUAUAUUGCAUUUUGGUGUUUUGGACUAUUCAACAACUUUAUUUAUGUCGUUAUGUUGAGCGCGGCUGUCGAUAUUCUGGAAAGUGGCACCUCUAAGAAGUCUGUUUACGAUACUGACUGGCAUGGUCGAGUAAAUUGUACCGUAGUGGGGACCGGGGCUGUUCUCUUGGCCGAUAUCGGACCCAGUCUUUUGCUCAAACUUUUAGCUCCCGUUUUUAUCCAAAGAUUGCACUUUCAUUUUAAGGUUCGCCUCUCCGUUUUCUUCGCGCUUUCUGCGUUUCUCAUCGUUUCCUUUUCCAACUCGACCGAACUUAGCCUUUUCGGCGUCGUAUGUGCGAGUCUCUCCUGCGGUCUGGGUGACGUCACAUUCCUUACCAUGGUCGCGUUCUUUGACACUGGUGUUCUUGCCUCGUGGUCGUCAGGAUCAGGAGCCGCGGGCAUCGUUGGUGCUUUGGCGUACGCUGCGCUGACGUCUAUUUUUUCGCCACAGGUUACCCUCCUUGCCAUCACCUUUGUACCCUUGGCGAUGCUUUUCAUGUACUUCCUAGUCUUGGAAAAACCAUCUACUCCAGCCUUCCAAGUCUCUCAUUCUAGUAGCUCCUGGUGGUUUCUUGGGUGUCCGCUCACCUGUCUUCCCACCGCACCUCCUCAUGUAGGCGCCGAUGCCCGUGAGCCCACUUACGACGAUUCUGAAGGCAAUGAAACACAUCAACUGAUUGGACACGCAAAUGCUGCUCAAGUUUCACCCGAUUGGGGAACGAGAAAACGAAUUAUUUGGGCCAUCUUUCCUUUCAUUUUCCCUCUCAUGUUGGUCUACUUUUUUGAAUAUCUCAUCAACCAGAGUCUGUAUGAACUGAUCUACUUUAAUGGAUUGGGGAUCAGCCAUUCUCAACAGUAUAGGUGGUUCCAAGUAGUGUAUCAGUGCGGUGUGUUCGCCUCGCGUUCUUCCCUGAAAUUCUGCCGCGUCAAGGAGAUCUGGGCUCUUGCUGUACUGCAGGGCCUCAUGUUCGUCCUUUUCCUUGCGCAAGCUAUCUCGCCCUUCACAAACAAUAUCGGGGCCUUCUGCGGAAUUAUCUUCUUUGAGGGCAGCCUCGGAGGUCUCGCCUACGUCAACGCCUUUGAUCGUGUUCUCAGGGCAGCCAAAGCCGACACUCGUGAGUACAGCAUGUCAGUUGCUGCGUUCUCCGACUCCCUCGGCAUCACCUGCGCUGCAUUUGUUGCCAUUCCUCUGCAUAACUGGCUCUGUCGCUUAAUUGCCCCUAAGCCUACUUAG